AUGGCGGCACCAAAACUUGGAUUCUUCGAAAAAAUCGCCAACACCUUGGGUGUGUUGUACCGUCACCAGGCUUCGCAAUUCCCACGCCGUUGGGCUAUUUUGAAGGCUGUCGGAAAGCACGAGCUUGCUCCACCACGUCAAGCUGAUUGGCCAGCAAUCAAGGCUGAUUGGGCCAAGGUGCAAACCUUCAUUACCAACGGACAAUACAAAAAUCUCACCGUCAGAGAAGGAAUGGUCUACACCGCCGUCGCUCUUGAAGUUAUCUUCUGGUUCUUCAUCGGAGAAAUGAUUGGACGUCGCUACAUCUUCGGAUACCUUGUCCCAGCUGAUUACAUCUCGAAAGAAACCAGAAAGCAAGUUAAGCUCGAAGCCGAAAAGGCCGCCCUCGAAGCCUAA